AUGACAGAUCCUUCAGUGGUGGAUCACCUGACACGACUGAAAAUCAAACUCCUAGAAAAGAGACUAGAAAAUGAACAUGAGAACCUAGAGAAGAUGGAGUCACCUCUCCCAACUGCAAGGAACAGACAUGAGGAUAUGCUCCACAGUGCCCUAAGGCGACAGAAGGAUCUCCUGCGGGAGCUUAGGGAGCAGCACCUUCUGGAAGAGCUUUCACAGCCCCCUGCACCAACUGGAAGACAUGGUCAUAACCACAGAGCUGCCCCCCCGCACAUCUACCAGAUACCUUUUCCAGCCCCCCAGGCAGAGCCACCAAGGAUUAUUCAGCAGACGAUGCCUCCUCAGCCUGCCACCAUCAUCCAGCAGUUACCUCAGCCGCCCCCCCUGAUCACGCAGAUUCCCCCUGCCCAACCUUUUGCACACCCUCGCUCCGGAAGCAUUAAAGAAGAUAUGGUAGAGAUGAUGCUGAUGCAGAAUGCUCAGAUGCACCAGAUCAUCAUGCAGAACAUGAUGCUGAAGGCUCUGCCACCGCUGGCGUUUGCGCAGCCUGCCGGAGCCGGCUCUCCCCUGCUUCAGCAUGCGCAGCAGGACCUGCCGUUCGCUGCUCCCCUGGCUGUGAAAUCAGAGAGGCCCAGGCCAUCUGCGGUGCAUCACCACCACCAUUACCCUCCCACAGGGAUGCUCCCGGUGGGGUAG